UACGUGCCGGGUCAAGUCCCGCGGGCACCUCGGCGGCGCGGUGUUCGUCAUGGGGCCGGCGCGGUGCAGCCUCCUCGUCCCGCGGUGGCCGUCGCUGCUUUCGCUGCUGCUGGGCCUGGGCGCGGUUUCAGGAGCUGUCGUUGACUGGCCUGCACAAGAAGGCAAGGAAGUAUGGGAUUAUGUGACUGUCCGGAAGGAUGCCCACAUGUUCUGGUGGCUCUACUAUGCCACCAACCCUUGCAAGAACUUCUCAGAACUGCCGCUGGUCAUGUGGCUUCAGGGCGGCCCAGGUGGUUCCAGCACUGGAUUUGGAAACUUUGAGGAAAUUGGACCUCUUGACAGUGACCUCAAGCCACGAAACACUACCUGGCUCCAGUCGGCCAGUCUCCUGUUUGUGGAUAAUCCUGUGGGCACUGGCUUCAGUUACGUGAACAAGAGCAAUGCCUACGCUACGGACCUGAGUAUGGUGGUUUCGGACAUGAUGGUUCUCCUGAAGAGCUUCUUUGAUUGUCACAAAGAGUUCCAGAUGGUUCCAUUCUACAUAUUCUCAGAAUCCUAUGGAGGAAAGAUGGCUGCUGGUAUUGGCCUACAACUUCACAAGGCUGUCCAGGAAGGGACCAUCAAGUGCAACUUUUCUGGGGUUGCGUUGGGCGAUUCCUGGAUCUCCCCUGUCGACUCCGUGCUGACCUGGGGACCUUACCUGUACAGCAUGUCUCUUCUUGAUGACAAAGGCUUGGCAGAAGUGUCUGAGGUUGCAGAACGUGUCCUGAAUGCUGUAAAUAAGGGAUUCUACAGAGAGGCCACCCGGCUGUGGGGGGAAGCAGAAAUGGUCAUUGAGAAGAAUACAGAUGGGGUGAACUUCUACAACAUCUUAACUAAGCGCUCUCCCAUGUCUGCCAUGGAAUCCAGCCUAGAUUUCUUCCGAAACAGCUUAGUUCGCCUUUGUCAACGACACGUGAGACACCUACAGGGAGACGCCCUGAGCCAGCUCAUGAACGGUGUCAUCAGAAAGAAACUCAAAAUCAUUCCUGAAGAUUUCUCCUGGGGAGCCCAGGCAUCUAACGUCUUUAUGAACAUGGAGGGGGACUUCAUGAAGCCCGUCAUCAGCAUUGUGGAUGAGUUACUGGAAGCUGGUGUCAACGUGACCGUGUAUAACGGACAGCUCGAUCUCAUAGUGGGCACCAUGGGACAAGAAGCCUGGCUACGGAAGCUGAAGUGGCGAGAACUGCCCAGAUUCCACGAGCUCAAAUGGAAGGCCCUAUACAGCGAUCCUAAGUCACUGGAAACCUCUGCAUUCUUUAAGUCCCAUGAGAACCUGGCUUUCUACUGGAUCCUAAGAGCUGGUCACAUGGUUCCCUAUGACCAAGGUGACAUGGCUUUGAAGAUGUUGAGGAUGGUGACUCAGCAAGAGUAAGAGGCCCUGAUCCUCACUCAGUGCUCCUAGAGGUGCUGGACGCCGGAACUUCCUGAUCCAACGUGGGCUGUGGCUCUAACCACCUUUCACACAACAGAAGAUCGCAGCCCCUGUGGCAACUUGGAAUUUAUUUUUAAUUUUUUUUAUGCUGGGUGUGAUGGUGCAUGCCUUUAAUCCCAGAACUCAGGAGGCAGAGGUAGGAGGAUCACUGUGAGUUCCAGGCUACCCUGAGACUACACAGUG